GAACCAAUACCCGCACUUCAAGUUUGCUUUGCCUUUAUAAGGGUAGGAAACCUCUAAGAGAGAUCCAGUCGAUUACAAUCGCAGCAUCCGAAGAGAAUACUAUACUAGCUAUGAGUUCCGGAAAACCUCUUCUCGGCCUAUGGCUAUACCGCAGCGAGGAGGAUUGGUCCUAUAAGGAAGAUGUUCCGGUUCCACCUGCGCCCAAGACCGAGGAUCAAAAACCGGUAGUGCAGAUUGAAAAGAAUACAAUAAUUUUCACGCUGAAGAAUCAGAUCGGCGGUUUGGUAAGAGCCCUGCAGGCAUUUCAGGAUUUGGGUAUUAAUAUAGCGCAUAUUGAAUCCCGUUCGAAUUUAUCUGAGGAAAAUCAGGUGGAUUUCAUGGUUGAUAUCGAGUGCGAUAAGAAGAAAAUAGAGCAGUUGGGUCGAUUAUUGCGUAGAGAAGUGCAGACAAUGGUCAUUGGUACAUAUGGAAGUGACGAGAAGGAUAUUCCUCCUCCGACACCUUUAUCCGCAGCUGCAAGUUUUGAUUUUGAUGAAAUGCCGUGGUUUCCAAAGAAAAUAAACGAUUUAGAUUUUGCUCAAAACGUUUUGAUGUACGGAAGUGAACUGGACGCUGACCAUCCAGGAUUCAAGGAUCCCGUUUAUAGAAAGAGACGCGAGCAUUUCGCCAGGAUUGCAAACAAUUACAAACAGGGGCAGCCAAUACCGAAGGUCCAAUACACUGACGAAGAAACGAAAACCUGGGGAACUGUAUUUCGUGAACUUCACAAGCUGUAUUUAAAACACGCAUGUAAGGAGUACUUGGAGAAUUGGCCGCAGCUUGUCAAGUAUUGCGCGUACCGGGAAGACAAUAUUCCUCAAUUACAAGAUUUAAAUAUGUUUCUUAAACGAAAGACCGGUUUCCAAAUAAGACCAGUAGCUGGAUACCUCAGUCCAAGAGAUUUUCUUUCAGGUCUUGCCUUCAGACUGUUUCAUUGCACACAAUACAUCAGACAUUCUUCAGAUCCGUUCUACACUCCUGAACCCGAUUGUUGUCAUGAGCUUCUUGGCCAUAUGCCUUUACUUGCAAAUCCUAGCUUCGCGCAAUUCUCCCAAGAGUUAGGUUUAGCAUCACUGGGUGCCUCUGACGAAGACGUCGAUAAGUUGGCAACUCUUUACUUUUUCACGGUCGAAUUUGGAUUGUGCAAGCAAGAUGGCGAACUUAGAGUUUAUGGUGCUGGACUAUUAAGUUCAGUUGCAGAACUGAAGCACGCUCUAGAAUGCACUGACAAAAUUAAACGAUUCGAUCCGGAACUUACCUGCAAACAAGAAUGCAUAAUCACUGCGUACCAAUUAGCCUAUUGGUACACAGACUCCUUUGAAGAAGCGAAAGAAAAAAUGAGGGACUUUGCAGAGAACAUUCAAAGGCCCUUUGGCAUAAGAUAUAAUCCUUAUACGCAGAGCGUUGAAGUGUUAAGCAACGCUCAAAAGAUUACCGCCCUUGUGUCAGAGCUACGAGGCGACCUUUGCAUUGUUAACAGCGCUUUGAAAAAGAUAUCAGCAAGAGAUUCCACGUUGGACGUGGAAGGAAUCGCUAAAUUGUUACAAACUGGUCUACACACUGGUAAAAAAGAAUAAGUCUACAAUA